AUGACUGGACCUCCGAAUAAAAAGCAAAAGCGGCAAGAUUACCGCCAAGCGCUAAAAGAAAAUGGCACGACAAAUAUGCCCAAGAAGAAGUUCUAUCGCCAGCGCGCACAUGCGAAUCCCUUCUCAGACCAUAGCCGCCGCAAACUGAGUAUGGCCCUUAAGGGGAGAGAUGUUGGUUAUGCUGGCGUCGUUUGCUUCAUCGCAUGGGGUUAUGCCACAAGCUGGUUUCCUCCCAUUCGAUGGAUGGGAUAUGCCUUCGUCAGCGGCGUCGUUGUAACCCUUCUAACCUGUCUCCUCUUACUUUUCACCUCCCGGGGUUCAACAUAUAGUCAACGAAAUAGAACUUCACGACCCAAUGCAGUCAUCUUUUCAGGUCCCGCCUCUUGGCACAAAGAGACUACCGCCUUACGAAUUCGACAAACGUAUCUUAAAGACCCCCUAUAUGCCGAAUCUCCCGCCAUAUCUAACGCCUUAGACGAUUUGCUCGAUCUAAUUAUACGAGAUUUUGUCAAAUCAUGGUAUUCGCACAUAAGUAAAAACCCGACAUUCGCGAACGAGGUGGACAAGACUAUAAGGCAUGCGCUAGCUAGCAUUAGAGACCGUCUCUUCGAGACAGAUUUAGUGGAAGUAGUAACGAGUAGGAUUGUCCCAAUAUUAACGGCUCACUUUCGCGACUUCUACGAUGCGGAGAGGGCUGUUCGCGGCCGUAAGUUGAAUCGUGAUGUUACGGAAUCUGAAGAGUUGGACUUGGCUAUUGCCGCAAAGUAUAAUGACGGCAAAUUACAUACAGCCGUGUCUUUGGCAUACUCGGAUACAAAGCUACUACAGCAAGAUUACCUACGGAAUAUAGUUACCAAGGUCCUACCAAGAGUACUAUCUAAUAACAUGGUUGACAGCCGGGUUGUGUUUAACAUCGUUCGCGAAAUUGUCGCCUGUACUGUCUUAUUCCCUACCUUGCAGCUUCUAUCCGAGCCUGAUACCUGGAACCAGGUAAUGGAAAAUUAUGGUCGAAGCAUGCUGCAAGACCGAUCGACAGUUCGUAAGCUUCGCGCGGCCUUGGAUGCGCAUGCGUCGCCGGCACCAAAGAGUUCUAGACCGGUAGCUUUCCCGCGAUUAGCUUCGGGGGAUAGCGAGCGUCGGUUUGAAAAAUUCAUCCGCACGAUCCGCAAACUUAACAAUUUGUCUGACGCGAGACGUUUUCGAAGCGAAGUAGCAAGCCAGCUGAAGAGAGAUUCCCAAUACUCGGGACAGGAUCCGAUCUACCUCCGUCGGUUAGAAAUGGGCAAACGACUCUUAGAUCAGAGGGUCCAUCAAUUAGCUGCGGGUGGUGACGGACGGCACAUACCCCUAUCGAGCACUCCACCGCCAAAUAUAGGGUCUUCAAGGCUUGAGAACGCGUCUUUAGUUGAAAUCCUGCGUGACACGUCCGGUCUUUCUUAUUUUAUGGAGUAUAUGGAUAGACAAGGCUUAAUGCCCCUUGUACAAUUCUGGCUAGUGGUAGAUGGUUUACGAAACCCUUUGGAAGACGAUGGGCCCGACGACGAGCAACUGCCUUCGACUCUGAGCCCCUGGACCGAAUCCGAUCGUACAGAUAUCGCCCAAAUUGAUCAGGCCUAUUUAUCUAAAAAGGAGCUCAAGGUCCCAGCUAGCUCGCGUCGCGUUAUUCGCGAAUUUCUUGACGCUGGAAAAGCAGCCUCCCCGGCACAGUACUACAAGGCACGCCGGGCUGUCUUACGGGCUCAAAGUGCCGUACUCGAGGACAUGCAGUCCAAACAUCUCGAUGCGUUCAAGAAGUCUGAGAUAUUCUAUAAAGCUUUAGCAUCGGAAGAGGCAUCGAAGAAUAUCCCUUUGGCACAACAGUCUCAUGCAGGGCCAGCUACAGGUCCACCACCACUUCGCGCUUCGCAAUCAUAUGGGUUGAAACCCGCGCCUGUAGCAAAGCUUAAUCCGAAGAUAAACACGUCCAACGGUCAAGUUAGACGAGGCCUAUCUACCACAGACCUAAAAACUAUCGCUACCAAUGUUAACCAUAGCCCAGAUUCCUCAACGGGUCAUCGGCGAUCAUUCGAUGAUAGUGCAACUUCGCCAUUAUUUGGUGAUGAUGAUCUGGAUGAUGAUCCGAUGGCAGACUCGGUGAUGAGUCUUGAUCAGGAACUAUUGAGACCCGUCCCAGACACCCAGGUGGUCCAAGCGGUAGAGGAAGCACUCAAUAACAUCAUGGAAGACGAUCGACCUCAAACUGCAGAAGACCUUCGCGAGUCGCUAUUUGGGAAUGAUGACGGAGCUUCAAGCAUAUUCUCAGCCCAAGAUAAUGGUUCAGCUAGGGGCUCACUGGACCAACAACAUCCAAUACAAUCUGGGAAAGAAGUCGAAAAGCCUAGCUUAGCAUCUCUCGGGCUUGUUAGUGCGGCAUCCAGAAUUGGGGUGUUCAUAGACGAUGACCUUUUCGCAGAUGAGGAUAAGUUCUUGUCAGACGAGCAGGAAGAUCAUAACGAAGGUGAAACCGGCAACGUCGAAGAUGAAGUGCACGAAGCUGCCCCUGGAGACCUGGGCCUUGCGGAGGCUAUUGCGGCCCUUACCAACGAUAUUGAACGACUUGCUGCUCAGGAGGCCGUCAUAGAAUCACUAACGAAGAAGGCGGAAUUAACUAAUAAUACAGCAGAAUUACGCAUCUUACGAAAGUCAAAAGCGAGCCUGCAGAGGGAACUCCGACGAAAGGAACUACAGCGACAACAGUAUGUAAUUCAAGAGAGCGAUAAUAGUCUGUACGGGCGUGCAUCGAUCAAGAUCAAGGCCAUCCAAGUGGGGCGAGAGGAAGACGGAAAGGAAUUCGCUUUAUACGUCAUUGAGGUAAAGAGGAACGCGGGAGAGAAGAUGCCAGCAGCCACUUGGAUUGUGACAAGAAGAUACAGCGAAUUCCACGAGCUUCAUCAGAAACUACGAGACAGGUAUCCCUCGGUACGGAACUUGGAGUUCCCGAGACGGAGGAUGGUCUUGAAACUUCAAAGCGACUUUCUUCGCAAGCGGCGUGAUGGGUUAGAGCGGUACUUAAGUGAACUCCUUCUCUUGCCAGAUGUAUGUCGUAGUAGAGAUCUACGGGCCUUUCUGUCCCAAAGCGUCAUCACUCAGGGGGAGGACCUAAUGAACCGCGAGGAUAAAAAGGACAUGAUUACGCGUCUAUACGACUCCGUUGCUGAUGGCAUGGAGGAUAUCUUAGGAAAUAUACCCGUCCUAGAUCAGCUCUCAACUGCGGGGCAGAAUCUAAUUGCGGCGGCUACAAGCCAGAUGAGCACGAUGCCACUUAGCGUCAACGAGGAUGCCAUAACGGCUGCCGAAGCUGAAGCUGAAUUGAAUGCCUUUGAGAAUAAAGAGCUCGAACCUUUCAUCAAACCAAUCUGCGACGUAUUUCUCGAAGUCUUUGGGCUUAAUCGAGGUAAUAAUUGGCUUCGUGGCCGAGCUGUUGUCGUUGUGUUACACCAGAUGCUUGGAGGUACCAUUGAACGAAAAGUACGAGACAAUUUCAAGGUAUUGGUUCAAGAAGACGCUAUCCUUAAAUAUAUCGAUCUCCUACGGAACAGCAUGUGGCCCGAUGGACAGCUUAAUAGAAAUAAACAGCCUAGAACAUCGUCAGAGAAAGCACGAACUCGAAGAGAAGCAAGUUUGAUGCUAGCUACUCUCGUUCCAGAUUUGGCUGGGAACGUGGUCGGACGGCUCAACGCCCAAGCCGCGAGUCGCAGGAUGUUUGCAACGCUCAAUAACUCGAGGUUGAACUCGCAUUUGGUUUUCACGAUUAUGGAUGAACUGAUUGAUGUUCUAUUUAAUGAAGCUUAA